AGCCACAUCUGUUUACUACAGCCUGAGAUCCCCUUUAGCAUUUAGCUCAGGCUCGACACCGGGCGGGCUUUAGGACCCUGCGGUGCGGUGCAGACGGGUCAGGCAGGAGCAAUGUUAUGGUGGAUUUCACCUUUUUAUUUACAGUCUGUGUUUUCACCUGAGCUGCUGCAGGAACAAGAUGAACCAGUGAAUCUGAGUCACAACUCACUGACACGCCGCUGUUCACAUGCUGCACCGCCGCUAGCUGCGGUGCUUCUCUCUGCUGCUGAUGGAGCACAUCCGACUACCGAAGGUGGAGAACGUGAAGCUGCUGGACAGACUGUCUCCCAGGAGGAGCAGGGCGGGCACCCUCUACCUGACAGCCACACACUCCAUCUUUGUCGAGAACGAGGCUGGAGUGCGCAAUGAAACAUGGGUGCUUCACAGUUUGGUGUGCAAUGUGGAGAAACAAGCCGCCACAGCCUCGGGAUGCGCUCUACUCAUCCACUGUAAGAACUUCCAGGUUCUUCAUAUUGUCAUCCCUCGAGAGCGGGAGUGUCAGGAUGUUCACCUGUCGCUGCAGCGUCUCUCCCAGCCAGUGAGUUAUGCUGAGCUGUAUUGCUUCUCCUACAAGCCCAAUGUUGACGAGAAGGAGAGGCGGCAGGAAUGGGACUUCUUGGACCUCAAGGCUGAUUACAGCAGAAUGGGACUCCCAAACUCCCUGUGGAAACUCACCCCCAUCAAUCGACACUACAAGGUGAGUGACACUUACCCUGCUGACCUCUUUGUACCUGAGUCUGCCUCACCUCCGAUCAUCGUGGGGAGCUCCAAGUUCAGAAGCAGAGGCAGAUUUCCCACUCUGUCGUACUACUCCAAAGAAAAUCAUGCUGCCAUCUGCCGCAGCAGCCAGCCUCUGUCAGGUUUCAGCGCUCGGUGCCUAGAGGAUGAACAGAUGCUGGAGGCCAUCUUGAGGUCCAAUCCCCGCAGCGACUUCAUGUAUGUGGUGGACACCAGGCCUAAGCUGAAUGCGAUUGCAAACAGAGCUGCAGGAAAAGGCUACGAAAAUGAAGACAACUACUCCAACAUUAAAUUCCAGUUCAUUGGCAUCGAGAACAUCCAUGUUAUGAGAAACAGCCAACAAAAAAUGCUAGAAGUGUGUGAGCUGCGUACCCCCUCCAUGUCCAACUUCCUGGAGGGCCUGGAGAGCUCAGGCUGGCUGAAGCACAUCAAAGCUGUUUUGGAUGCAGGCAUCUUCAUCGCCAAGGCUGUAGCAGAGGAGGGUGUCAGUGUCUUGGUUCACUGUUCAGACGGUUGGGACCGUACGGCUCAGGUGUGUUCAGUGGCCUGUGUGCUGUUGGAUCCCUACUACAGGACCCUCAGAGGACUCAUGGUCCUCAUUGAGAGAGACUGGGUCUCAUUUGGACACAAGUUCUCCCACAGGUGCAACCACCUGGUCGGAGACCCUAAGGAGGUGUCUCCUGUCAUUGACCAGUUCCUGGAGUGUGUGUGGCAGCUGAUGGAGCAGUUCCCCUGUGCCUUUGAGUUCAACGAGAGAUUCCUCAUCAUCAUUCACAGCCACAUCUACUCCUGCCAGUUCGGCAACUUCAUUGGCAACAACCAGCGGGAGAGGAUCGAGCUGGGAGUGCGUGAGAGGACUCACUCUUUGUGGAAUUAUCUGUGGAUGAACCGCGCAGACUACAUCAACCCUCUGUACAGGCCGGACCACAGCCAGACUCAGGGGCUCCUCCGUCCCUCUACUGCCCCCUACUGCUUUAAAUUCUGGAGAGGCCUGUACAAUCAUUUUGACCGAGGGAUGCAUCCACGUCAGUCUGUAGAGGAUUACCUUCGGGCCGUCCAAGAGGAGACACAGCAGCUGGAGGGGCAGCUGUCCUCACACAAACAGAAAAUUGCUCAACUGGAACAGGAGCAGGUGUGGCGUGUCACCAAGAAGACGACCCCCUUUGAUAAGAGCCCCACAGCGUGGGCCCUCCUUAAUGAUCUCACUUUGGCCAACACCCCUCAGGACUACACUGGGGACUUCAUCACCAGCAGCCCUGGUCAGCUGAAAGCAACAGAGAGCAGCUUGAUCUUCCUGCCGCAGGACCUGAACCAAACAUCUGAAGCAAACCUGUCCAAUGGCAGCGACCAGGAGUCUGGGAUCGCUGACCUGAGCUGUCGCUCGCCUCUCAGCGAGGACAGCACCAGGGAUCCAGACUCAGAUGAGGCUACCUUCUCUGCUGCCUGAGCAAAUGUAGCGUGUGUCCACCUGUACAUUCACCAAGUCACCUGGCUAUUGGCUAGCGUCAGUGAAAAGUCUUGCACUGGGUUACACAUCUGACUUGCACUAUUGUUUGCAUGUUGUGAGGUGGACUCUCCCUUUUGCCACUUAAAUACAUAAUAGUUAAAAGUUAUCUGCUGUAGCUGAAACAUUUCAUUCUUACGCCAGGGAAAGAAAUUCUGAAAGUAAUAGUAAAGCUGAAUAUUGCUCAGUGUCAUGUAUGUUGUUUGACAGCAGACUUGACCCAUUGAGUUAAAAGCAAACUAAGAACAAUCCUGAACAUUUGUCUCUACAUGUAACAUGAUUGUUGAGUGUAGACGUAUUAGUGCUUUGGUUGGUUUUCCAUACACCUUGUUUCAUCAUUAUACAUUUUGCUUUACACACUGUAAAAGUUAAACACUGCUUCAAUAGUAGUUGACAACAGCUUUAUUUCCAACUAGGAAAACAUUGUUAGCUAUAAAGAGAUUCCUCCCAAAAGAUUCAAUAUCAAUUUUUUUAAAGCAAUAAAAGUCAGCUCCAAAUGGAACAAAAUGCCAAUGAAUUAUUAAAUAGUAAUCAAACUGAUGAAACACUGACAAUAAUGUAAUAACAAACAAACUGGCGAAAACUGCAAACUCAAGGAUAUAAUGUGAGAACAGCAUACAAGCUGCUGUCACAUUGUUCUAAGCAUGAUUCAUCUUUGAGCAGUUUAUAAGUCCUCUCUGUAGUGUUAUGAUAAUUUUGUCCGACCCCUGUUUUAAAUGCUGUUGCACAUUUUGGUCACUGCUGAUGGUCUGGGAUCAGAUCAUCUAACCUGAAAGACGAGCAGUAAUGCUCUUCUACACAAAGUUAGGUUUAUACGUCAGUGUUGCCAUGUUUCAAUCCCACAGUUCAUGUUAUAAAUGCACUCCAUGCACCACAGGGACCUCAGCUGGUGUUUGUAGUCAUUACACUACAAUAACCAUGGGUUAGUUGAUGUUGGUAAGCUCUGAAUUUUUACUGAACACAGUGGCCAUUCUAAAAACAUUUGUCCACAAUAUUGCAACGCUAGAUUUGUUGCGAUCAAACCAAAUGUUUUACCAAAGGGAAUCAACUGUAUAAAGUGGAGUAAAUGAUAGAACUGCAGAACAGACGAGAGCAUGUGAAUAAAAAUAUUCUGCCAUUUAGUGAAGCAGAUUAGUGACUGUUUUUUGAAUAUGUGUGCCAUUUGUAGAAUUAGGAUUAAAUCUAGUGUAGUAUACAUUACUGUAGGUGCACUCCAAUACUGCAAAUGAACAAAGUACAUUAUCCAGCGAAGCAUGUUAAGAAUAUUUUUGUACUUUUGACCUAUUUUUUUGACUACUGUAAUCUGUCUUUGGUGCAUGUUGUUUUUUAUUUGUAAGAGUUUGACCUUGUAUAAAAGAAAGAGCUUUAUAUUACUGUGUGUGUUUGUGCAGGUGGAGAAAGAGCCAAAUUGAUCAAAAUGACCUAAAUGCAAAGUUGUAUCAGUUGUGUCAAUGUUCUUGUCAAAUAAAUAAAUAAAUAAAUAUAAUAC